AUGGCUAAAAAGAAGGGAAAAUCUGCAUCUUCUAACCGUGGAUAUGCCACUACUUCUGUUCCAUCCCGUCAGACGACGAAUAACUCGGCAUCGAAAGGUAAUACUGCCAACACGAAAAACAACAAGCCGACGUCUGGUCCACAGAAAAACAGCAACUCGCUCGAAUUAAACCAUCCUGACAUUAUAACGGUUGUCCUUGAUGAGGAAACAAAAUCUAUACGAGAUGCUGCUUUAAGAACGAGUUCUCAGUUUCUCCAGAAUUGGAUCGUUGAAUUGCGUCUCCGCAAAAACAUUCAGGCCUCCAGUCUUUCGGAAGAAUCCUCUCGUCAGACACUUCUUGGGCUGCUUUCUUCGUGGAUGCAAACUUUGCCUAAAUGUGAUCCAUCAUUGCCAAGACCAGACCCCAGCUCUGUGAAGCGACAUCUGUGGAGUUCAUACUUGUCCUUGGUGGGCAUGGGCUUUGACUCUGCGGAUGUUUUUUCCGUACUUGCGCUCAUGCCUUUGGCAACUCUGGAAGAUUAUGCAGUGACGCUUAGCAGUGAGAUGUUAAAGCGUGGCACCCCAUUCAAGCUUCCAACUCCCCAAAACUCGAGCAAGCAGCAAGUUUUUGCCGCGUUAAUCGAACCCCUACAACACGAGCGCCCUUUACAGCCAGUGAAAAAUCGUACGGUCGAGCCGGUCAAGCGCUCUGAACCAGUAUCCUCCGAAUCAGAACUUACGAGCGAUGAUCUGAUUACAGAAGAUGUUCCUGAUUAUGAUUUGACGACUCAAUAUGUUCGAAUUCGUUUACGCAUGCUCCAACUUACAAUCUCCAAACUAGGUAAAACACCCAGAUAUACAAAACUUCAGGAAAGACUCGACUCUAUUACCAAACAAUACCUGUUCUCUGCUAAGGAAGCAAAUGCAGUGUUCGCGAAGGAAAAGGACCAAUUCAUGGCCCAACUGAAGGCCCAACGGGAAGUUCGGUUGCGUGAAAAGGCACGCAUGGAGGCUAUUCAAAAAGAAAACGAGCUGGAACGUCAGAAGGAACAUGCUGCUGAGGCAGCUGUUGAGGGAAGUAAUACCAAAACUGAAGAGGAGGAGGACCAACCCAUUUUUAGUGACUUGUUCUCUGAGGAGCAAAACGAAAGCGAGCAGCAGGAGACAGGUGCGUCAAUGCCCGCCUCACAGUACAACAUACUUCAUCUUCCCGUUGCACAUACGGCGAGUCAGGCAAGCAAUAUCUUGCAGACAGAAUUGAAAAAAAUUGACUCGUCGCUCACCGUCAAUUAUACACCCAGGGCAAUUGGCAGCGGUUGUUGGGUGUGCACGUGUAUUGUUCGUUGCUCAUCUGGUCAAAAAACAUAUGCCAUGGAAGAUGGCGUCGCAGUGUCUACAAAGCAAGCUGCGAUUGACUAUUCUAGCAUUCCGGCUUUGUUUGAGCUAGUUUAUCCGAGUGUCAAGGAAGUUACUCGUCGUUUAAAUGGCGCUUACAAAGAAAAAUUCAGCAUUCUCGUCCUUCAAGAGGAAUCGAAGCGACUUGCUGAGGACAAAGAGUUUAGUGAGAAACUUAACCCACUUGUUCAAGAUAAAUUGCAGAAACUCUCUUAUGAGGAUGCAUCCAAAAAUCUCAUGCUCUCUUCUUCACCCGCAAAGGUUGAGGAAGAAAAACCUUUUGUAUUGCCAGACGAGGUGAUGGAGUGUUGGAAAGAAAGAUUGUCGAGUGAAGCACAUGCAAACAUGUUGAAGAUUCGUGACUCACUCCCCAUUGCUGCAUAUCGUGAAACCAUUCUCGAGAGUCUCCGAGACAGCAAUCUGCUUAUUCUCUCAGGUGAAACGGGUUGCGGUAAAAGUACGCAGUUGCCAGCAUUUCUGCUUGAAGAUGCUGUUCAGCGAGGAGAGCAUGUGCGCAUAUUCGUUACGGAGCCCAGACGAAUUAGUGCUAUUUCAUUAGCAAGCCGUGUAAGCCACGAGUUGGGCGAAAAGCAUCAUUAUCAUCGACGCGCGCUAGUUGGUUAUUCCGUCCGUCUUGAUUCCAAAUACAACCAAUAUACUCCUUUGGUGUACGUGACUACUGGUGUCUUUUUACGCCUUAUGGAGGACUCAAGACAAUUGUCCAGCGUUACACAUCUUGUUAUUGAUGAAGUCCACGAACGCGGCAUUGAUUCAGACUUUUUACUUGUACAUAUAAAACGCCUGCUGAGAACGCAUCCGAACUUAAAGGUUAUUGUUAUGAGUGCAACCGUCGACACUGAACGCUUCCAACAAUACCUCUCUGCCAAUGUUAUCUCCGUCCCUGGAAAAACCUUCCCCGUUGAAUCCUACUUUCUGGAAGACGUUAUUGAGCGCACUGGUUACAUACUACCUGAAACCGAACUCGAAGAAUCGGAAGACGUGGAUGCGGAUGAGAGCGCUCAAGACUCCAGUGUCAACAACAGACAAACUCUUCAGAGUUUCUAUGUCGACAGCAGGUACGAUGCUGUCACUCUCAAAACUCUGUUUCACUACAAUGAAAAGCUAAUGCAUUAUGACCUUAUUCUUUCGCUUUUAGAAUAUGUCUUCAAUCCUGAAAAUGCGUCAUUCAACACAUCCGUGCUGGUUUUCUUCCCCGGUAUAUCUGAGAUUCUUCGUGUGAACGAUAUGCUCGCAGCACACCCCUUGUUCUCCGACACACAAACAUAUCGUAUCUUCAUCCUCCACUCUUCCAUUUCCACAGCCGAACAACAAGUGGUGUUUGAGCGUCUGCCUACCGGAUGUAAGAAAAUCGUUUUGUCUACGAAUAUCGCCGAAACUGGUGUUACAAUUCCGGACAUUACCUGCGUCAUCGACACUGGUGUCCAUCGCGAAAUGCGUUACAACAGUCGUCGAAGUCUUUCCCGACUUACAGACACUUUCAUUUCGCGCGCAAACGCCAAACAGCGCCGAGGUCGUGCUGGUCGUGUGCAAGAAGUAUGUCUGCAAAAGUACGGCAUCUCAGAGUAUGAGUUUUGUCGUAAGAAGCAACUCAAUCCCAAUGUGCUGAACAUGGCCGAAAACCUUAAAGUGCAAACCCUUUCGCAGCUGUGCGGAACACUUCUUGUUUUACCCAAGCAUACAUCAGCCUCGCCUUCGUCGCUCCUUACCUACGACAAGCCCACGAAGCGCUGCAGCUGCAGCCGUUUCGUUCAAGUGCCCCACGAGUUCAACACCCAAUCCACUAAUACCGAUUUAGUGUCAGCCGUGAUUGCAGCUGCCUUCUAUCCGAACAUCCUCAAGUUGGAUGCACAAGCUCACGGCCGUUGGAGGACAAUUACGACCAACAAGCCAGUGUCUAUCCACUCAUCUUCCGUUAACCAUGUUCUCAACCAUGUCACCAAGGGACACAGAGUCGAAGGCCAGCCUGAAUUCCUUGUGUAUACGAGUCUCAUGUCUUCGUCACGCACCAACCGUGACUAUGCCAGUCUAGUUGGUCCGACCAACACGCGGUACUUGCUACUGCUGUGUGGACUGGACGCCGACAUUCGUGUAUCAAAUGCGGCCGCCAAAAUUGACAGACUGUCCUUCCAUCUCGACAGUCCUACUUCUGCAGCUGCCUUCCGUAUUCUUCGUGCACUUAUGGGUCAUUUGUUGCAAGCCUAUCUCCGCAAACCAAAGACACGCACUACUAAUCUUGAGCAAUUGCGUCUCCUUUUUGAAGUAUUGUCGAAUUGA